CAUUUCAAACAUUGUUUUAAAAAACAUGUGAUAUAUGAUAUAUCUCCUUCUAAGAAUCCUUUGAGCUCUGGUCCCCACCCAUAGCUGAAGGGACUCUGGACAGAAACACAAAGACAAGUUGCAUUACAAGUAAAUUACACAAUCUUAAAAGCAAUUAUCUAAAUACUGGCUGUCAUGCAUUUCAGAAAAGCAUAAAUCCUCACAAUCCACAAUGUUAAUCCUCAUAUGAGUUGCAAAACCAGACAUGAGUGCUGUAAAAAGGCAGCAUAACUUGCAAUACAUUAUCUUGUUCUACAAAGAGGGUCACAUGGUUAGAGUUCACAAAUGUCAGGACCGCCUAGUUAUUGUCUAGGGAAAGAAUGUAUUUACAGGUAAAUAGGAGUGGUUUAAAGAACGGGCUCUGACAGAACACAAGCACAUCUCAUUUUCUCACCCAACAAGACUCAGUUACAGAUUCUCUUGCUACUGAUGGAGCUCAUGAAUGUGUAGCACGACAACGACAUUUUCGAAAGGGUGAACUGAGACUAAAUGUUUAAUCUGCACUCAUCAUCAGCAAUUAUGAUGGCCGUCAUCUGGCCAAAGGGGAAAAAUGAGAACUUUCCCCAAGAUGAGACCCUGCAAUACCUGCUCAUUCUGUGCACCAAAGUAGGUUUGAACACAUUCGUUUUGUCUUUCUGGAGGCAUAGCAUUCUCAAGUCACUCCUGGGGCUCUGCAGUGUCUCUAUGUACGCAGCAGACAUGCUGUUGGUCUGUGCGGUCUCCGGCGCAUGGCUCUUCAAAGAACACCUACCCACCUCUACCUCGAUGUGCUUCAUCCUGGCUCAUGGAUCGGCUGUCUACGCCCUGCUUCCUCUACCCAUACUCAUCGCUGGGGCAUUUGACUACGCUAGCUACCCAAACCUAGACAUUACCCGUAGCUCUCGGAGCAGGGUUGUUAGUUACUGCAUUAUGGUUGUGCUUAUGUGGGCAUCGGCAUUCGUCUACACCUACCACUACACAGACACAGAACCUACAGAGAUUUACAAAGACAAGUUGAGAGUAACAGUGUGUCGUGUUCACGGAUCUACCGUAGUGUUUCAAUUUAAUAUGCAGAUAUCUAUUGCGGUGGGUCUCAUACUUCUGCUUUAUUUUAAGAAAUUGAUUGGUUGGCUCAGUAGAGCCAAUAAAUUGGCAGAACUGAGAAGCACAGCAUUUGUUCCUGAUCAAGACUUCCCUUAUAGUCAAUUUGGGGAAUGUGGAAAAUCAGAAAUUCAAGAAAGUUCCCCUCCUUUCUUUGUCAGUCUGACUCUAGGUUUUGCUGUGAACUGGGCGCCCUACCUGUUGAUGUGUUUGACAUGUGCAAUGGUGGGUUUUGUGGUGCCAGCAUAUGCCAGUGUCAACCUUCUGUGGAUGGCCUGUGCCAACAGUGUUCUGGUUGGCAUUGCCUUUUGGUUCAGAAGUGACAAGACUGGGCCUUACAGCAAAUUCCCAGAUGAAACUUGUUUUUGGAACACCUACUGGCAGUUGAGCAAAGGAAUAUUACCAACUGUGGACACAAUGCUGCCUACGAAAUUAUACAGAAUGGUUCACAAGCCCACUAUGCCUUUUCAAGAGAUAUAGUCUAAAAAGUUCCACUACUGGCAUGAUACUCUCCUGCAAACAUAAAUGUUAUGAGCAAGUUCAAAGUCGCAAAGAAAGGGCUGUACCAACAGAUUUUUUCUUUCAUAUCGUGGAGUAUAUCCGAAUAUUUUAUCUGAAAAAAAAAAUGAAGGGACUUGCUUCUAUCCAUCGGUUGUUGAUUGUAUUUUGAGAUGUGGCAGCUGCACUGGAAAUUUAAGCAGCAUAUUUGUGCCAUUUUCUUUAAAAUUCCAAUUUUAAAGCCAGUAUCACAUGUAUAUUUCACAAAGGAUGUGAUCCCAGAAUGCAUUGCAACAAGCUAAAUGGAAAAAAAAAAAAAAAAACAUGACAAAAUGUCCAACAUUUGUCCAACAUGACAAAAGUCAAAAGAAAUGUUUAAUAUACUUGAAUUUCAUUUCACAUAAAAAGUAAUCAAUGAACAUUUGACUAUUUUUAAUAUUUGUGUUAUGCAUGUUUGCAACUAUCAUAACGUGUCUAUUCCGAGUCCAUGAGCGGCAUGGUGAAAUGAAAAAGCAAAUCUGGAUGCGGCACAGCGCAAAGUACCCGACAGUGAACUGAUGGCCCGCUCUAUUUCUGACGUACACUCGUCACGCUUGCCCUAUUUUGGACACAAAGUAUUGUAUUUGCAACGGUCGCUUUAAUGCGUCCAGUGUGGACACAGUAGCUGCGUUUAGAUGGAUCCUAAUAAACUGAUUGUAAAUCGGAUUAGUUGCAAUAAUCGGAUUAGUUGCAGUCGGAAUAAAAAAAAGUGUAACAACGUAAAUUGGAAUGAAUUGGCCAAAUCCAUUUAAAAUUUCAUUCAGAUUGUAAGGGGUGGUUUAAAACUUUUCUAAUCCGAUCGAGAGGACAUAUGAACACUUGAUUGGAUUGAAACCCGAAACUGGAAAGUACUGUGCAAGUGCAAUGACGCAGAACUGGCGUAAUGACGUAUGAUGUGUGGAAUGAGCUACUGUUAUGGAGACAAAAGUGGAUACAGGCAAUAAGACAUGAAGCAUCACCAGGAAGAAUGGGUAAACUGUGGGAUCCUGACACUCAGUAUGCCAUCGUUUGCAGUAAAAAUGUCAUCACUGAUAAGUCAAAUAUCCAAAUGUCAGUUUUAUAUAUUGUAUUUCCUGUCGCCGAUUACGUUCCUCUCCGGUGGGCAUAGUUCUCAGAGUAAUAUGACAUGUUGUGUUCUGUCUCAAUUGCCUGUAUUGACUUUUGUGUCCUUAAACGUUAAUUUUUUUUUUUGGGUCGACAGCUUAUAAAAACGUAGUUCUGGGCUUUUUAGCUUGUUUGAGUUUAAAUCAAUGGAGAGGGUUGGACUGUUGGACUUUGGGAAGAUCUAUUGACAGAAAUGCAAUAUGAUAUACAUAACUAUGAACUGUUAGGUUUUUAUUACCUUAGAAUGAGCCAUUUCUAUCUCAUACACCACAGGUCCCCCCUCCAUGUCAAGUCGCCAUUAUGCGCCGGCAUGUUUCUACAGCAGCCCUAAACGGACAUACACUCUACAGAGCGCGUUUAGUCACUAUGUUGUUCUUCUAAAUCGUUCCUGUUUUUAGAGGCAGCUUGCAUCGUCACUACGUUGAAUACGCAAGAAGUAGUAGUAGUCUGGUUUAUUAGAAGCAGAGACCGAGAUGAAACCUUAUUGCUUCACACAGGCUACUCUCUUCUGUCUCAGACAAUGACAUCUUAGUCUUGUGUCGGCCAGACGACCACCGUAGCUUCACUGUAGCUUAGUUGCAGUUCGCAACCUCACCGCUAGAUGCCGUUAAAAUGUACACAUUGCACCUUUAAAGGGUUAUUUCACCCAAAAAUGAAAUUUCUGUAAUUGAUUAUGUCGUUCCACACCCAUAAGACCUUCGUUCAU